GCGGGAUAUUUUUUUUUAAUUUAUUGUGUAAAGGUAUACGGAGCUUUAAAAUAUGCGAGGAGGUUCUUGAAUCGGCAAAUUUUUUGGGGGGAUACGUUCGAGGAGGAGGUCAAUUAACUUAAUACUAGUAAGUGAGUCAUGAUCUACCUGCGAGAUAUUUUUUUAAUUUAUUAUGCAGAGGUAUACGGAGUUAUAAAUAUACAUGUAUACAAACGCACUCGAUGCAUCCUCCUCCUCCCCAAUAAGUUUCAGGAGCGGUGAGGGUUUAUAAACGCCUGCGAAAUGUGGUAUUGACGUAGUUCUUUCAUAACAAGUAGAAGUGUACAACAUUAAAUUGUAAAAUGGUCGUGUGUGAGGAUUGUGGAAAAAGUUUUACUCGAGUUGACAAUUUAAAAAGACAUCAACGAUUAUCUUGUAUUGGCAAGAGAAUCAAGCUUGACGCACCGCAAAUUCCAAAAGCAGUAAAAUGUGAGGCUUGCGAUGAUUAUGUAAAUAGACAAUGUUACUCUGCACAUUUACGAAGCAACGCACACAAGCGUAACGCUUUUGUUAUAAUCGAUGACGGAGUGGAGAGAAUAGCUGGAGCAUUCGGUGACAAAAUUGUCAGUUAUCGAAUAAGUGAAGAAGGUUUUUUUGUGGAUUUGGAUGAAUUUUCUCAUAGAAUUCGAGAAAAAAUACUAAAUCUAAUACAAAGCGCAAUCGAUAUUCACCGAAAUGUAAAAUUAAAUAUGGAAUGUUUUGGUUUGUAUUUUUUACAAUCAAAGGAAGACUGUGAAAUAAAAUCAUUCAAUACGAAAAAUAAGGUAGUAUCAUUAGCGUCGGAUCUGUAUAAAAUAUAUAAGGAAUUUAUUGAUGAAAUUUCAUCAAAAAUGUCAGAAUUCCAGGAACGAGAUUCAGGAUGGACUUUAAUGCAAAUUCUCUAUAUGGAGUUAAAUUUAAACAAAUAUAAUCCUAUCAGAGCAUCUAAUUACAUCGAUCUACCAUCGCAAAUAAAAGCAAAGCGUGCUGUGAUAAAUAUACAAAACGCGGAUGAUGCAUGUUUUGCAUGGGCUGUAACAUCCGCACUACAUGAACCGAACGGUUUACCACAGAGGACANCUUUAGAAGAAGAAGCCUUAGAAACAAAAGCUGCAUUAAUAGCUUUAAGGUAUGUCCGGUUUUCGGUGCAGUGUUGGGAUACCGCCAUUAAAGAAAGAGAGUCGUUGGACUCAUCGCCGCUAGCCACUUCCGAGUGUGUCACUUCAACCUUUGACAGAGUCGCAGUUUUACUCACCAAAAAAGAGAAAGUUGUAGAAAGAGCUGUAGUGAUGGAGAGAAAAUGA